CUUCCGGGAGCGCCUCUAUCUUAUGUAGAUGCGCAUUAGUUUACGUUUUUCCUCCGUGAAGCUUUCGGGCCGAGGGGAUCCAGAGCAGAAUCUCCGGCUGAAACUACUACUUAGCACAAAUGACUGAGGCAGAAGUAAAUCCAAAAGCUUACCCUCUUGCUGAUGCUCUGCUCACCAAGACACUAUUGGAUCUUGUACAGCAGUCAUGUAACUACAAACAGUUACGCAAAGGAGCAAAUGAAGCCACUAAAACUUUGAAUAGAGGAAUUGCGGAAUUCAUUGUGAUGGCUGCAGAUGCUGAACCUCUUGAAAUUAUCCUUCAUCUCCCACUACUUUGUGAAGACAAGAAUGUGCCCUAUGUGUUUGUGCGUUCCAAGCAAGCCUUAGGAAGGGCAUGUGGUGUUUCUCGGCCCGUUAUUGCCUGUUCCAUUACUAUCAAAGAAGGCUCACAACUCAAGCCUCAAAUUAAUUCUGUCCAACAAUCUAUUGAAAGACUAUUGGUCUAACUCCGAUAGAAGUAACUCCAAAAACCAAGACUUUAUAUGAAUAUUUUGUUUAACAGCUAUUGUUUUACAAUGUAAGUCAUGCUCUUAUAAGAUGGAUGGCCAUAUAAAUGAUUAAUAAAAGUUUAUUAGGUUUUUGAAUCUAUUAUCUUCAGUCAUAGGUUGUUUAGGCUUUUAAUUGGAGAUUGCUUGUUCUUUUAAGUCAAUAAUUAAUAAUUUGCAGUUACUAGACAGUAAUGAUGCUAACCAUAACCCUAAUCUCAGAUUGCUGAAGUUGGUGAGCAGCUUUCUGAUUUUAAGGAGUAGAAAUACUGCUGCAUGGUCAAAUGUUUUCAACUUGCUUUUUUAUGGAUUUUCAGGGUGGGAAUUGGAGGCUUUCCUGAAAUUCUAUCCUAAAAACACCCUAAUGUUCAGGAAAUGGGUGGAGCUUGCUCUGUCAGAAUUCAGCAAGUUUACCAGUUGUAUUUCAGUGGCGUGACCUCAGGAUGCUUGAGGGCCAAAUGGGGAUGUUCACCUCUACCUGACAGUGUAUUAGAUUGUGUAUCCCUGCUUUAAAUCUACCUGGUGCAAAAAUUCUUCAAUGAGAUUUAAACUAAUUCUUUGAUAAUAAAUAUCUUCAUUUAAAAAUGA